AUGCGGCAUGUGUGGCUGGCGCAGUGCGUGAGGCGAGCUGAAACGUUCGUCGGCUCUGCAAUCUACAACUUAUGGUUCAGCCCAUUGGCAAAGUAUCCAGGCCCACUGUUCGCACGAAUCUCUGCUUUUCCAGAUUUCUACUGGUCUCUCACAGGAGAUCGACACAUGUGGAUUGCGCACUGUCAUGAGAUCUAUGGCGACGUGAUCCGCUACCGGCCUGAUGGUUUGCUGUUCCGCACGCCUCAGGCGCACCGGGACAUCUUCAAUGGCAAGGCUAACGUCAAACGGGCCAAGUUUUAUGAUAUGAUGACCCGAAAUAAGCACGACACAAGCACUAUCACGGGCACGGAUCCGGAGCUUCAUGCGCAGAAGAGGCGGGUUCUGAAUAGCGUCUUUUCGGACAAGUCGCUUCGGUCAAUGGAGCCGUUUUUGGUAAAGCAUGUGUCUCGCUGGUGUGAGCUGCUUGUUGAUGGGGACGGUGCGGCAUGGUCGGCUCCAAGGAAGAUGUCUGAUGUAUGCGACUAUUUGGUGCUGGAUGUGCUGACGGACCUUUGCUUCGGACAAAGUGUUGAAACCAAGGAACCUGGGGAGAAUCACUAUCGAGAGAUUCCUCAUGCAAUUACCUCGUUUCUUCGGAUCAUAUACCCUAUUGGUCAUUCCCCAUGGCUAAAUCUGAUUGUCUGGUUAAAGCCAAGGGGCCUCGAUUGGGUGUUUGACGCCAUGACUCCGCGAAACAUUCGGUUCCUGUAUGACUUUGUUAAGCAGUCGUUGGCGCAACGCCUCAAACUCGAGGACGAAAGCCCUUCAUCAGAGAGCGGGUGCCGAAGCGACAUGCUUCACUAUCUGAUACAUGCUAAGGAUCCGGCAACCGGUCGCGUGGGAUACACACCAGAGGCAUUGGAGGCAGAAGCAAUAAUGCUUACAGUUGCAGGCUCCGAUACUACCUCUGUGAUCAUGGCCGGAAUCUUUUUCUACCUUGUACGCACACCGCGUGUUUAUCGCAAGCUUGUCAAUGAGAUUAGGAAUACGUUCACCUCUCUCGACGACAUCCGUGGCGGACCUAAACUGAUGUCUUGCCAAUACCUUCGCGCUUGUGUCGACGAGGCUACACGAAUUGUGCCAGCAGGGCCCUCUGAGCUACCCCGAUUCGUACUCCCUGGAGGUCUGACAGUAGACGGCAACCACAUCCCCGAGGGUACAACUGUCGGAGUAGCUCACUGGACCUUCUAUCGCAACGAGGAGUACUUCCCGGACCCCAAUGUGUAUCGCCCCGAACGAUGGAUAGUAGACGACGCAGAAGAAGUUGGCGUUACUGCGGAAGAAGUGGCCAGAGCGCGCGCAAGUUGUUUGCCAUUUGCUGCCGGUACAACGGGCUGUGCUGGGAAGAAUUUUGCCCUGUUGGAGAUUUAUAUGACUAUUGCGAGCACAUUGUGGCAGUACGAUAUGCGCUUGCUGCCGGGUGAUCUCACUGGGGCUGGAGGUCAGGGGCAGGGCUGGGGGAAGAGGAAUCCAAAUACCUUCCAUGUUAAGGAUAGCUAUAUCAGUGUUAGGGAUGGGCCGAUGGUUCAGUUCAAGCGGGUUUCUUGA